ACCCCGGGGUGACAGCGGGACCGCCACCCCGGGGUGACAGCCCGAGCCCUCCUCGCUGACCGCGGGGCUGACGGCCCCCGCUGCCAAAGGACCUUGUGUCGGCUGAUGCCGUGGUCACCUCUGGGCAGAGCCGGCAGAGGAUGAGGAUGAUGAUGAAGAGGAAGAGGAGGUGGAGAAUAAAAACCCGCCGAAAAAGCUCAAGAAGAAGCUUCCCAAAGAGCCCCUCUCAGGCGGGGGGGAGAAGAAGAUGAAGCCGAAGGAAGACAAGAGUGACCCUGACAGCAAAGCCAAAUCUGCCAAAAGCACCAAGAAGGAGCCAAUGUCCAUGUUCCAGGUGAAGAAGGAGAAGAAAAGCAAGAAGAAAGCUGCCACCAGCAGUGAUGAGGAGGAUGAUUCCGACUCCAGCACCAAACCCAUUAGGUCAGAGAAGAAGAAAAACCCAGCAUCCCUCUUUCAGACUGGUGGGGACCCCCCAAAAGAGAAAAAAUCCAAAAAGAAAGUUCCUCCCAAAGGGGUUGAGAGUGAGGAGGACACCCCGGAGACCCUGCAGAAAAACUCCAACAAGAAGGGGAAAGCAAAGAAAUCAAAGAAGCAGAAGGAGGAGAGGCCCCCAUCCCCUGUCAUCGAGGUGGACAACCUGGAGGAGUUUGUGCUGCAGCCAGCGCCACAGGGGGUGACGGUCAAAUGCCGGGUGACACGGGACAAGAAGGGCAUGGACAGGGGCCUUUACCCCACCUAUUACCUUCACUUGGACAAUGACAAGAAGGUGUUCCUCCUUGCUGGGAGGAAGCGUAAGAAGAGCAAAACCUCCAACUACCUCAUCUCCAUCGACCCCACUGACCUGUCACGGGGUGGAGAGAACUUCAUCGGGAAGCUGAGGUCCAACCUGAUGGGCACGAGGUUCACCGUGUUCGACAACGGCGCCAACCCCGACAGGGCCAACGCCGACUGGUCCAACGUGCGCCAGGAGCUCUCAGCCGUGGUCUACGAGACCAAUGUUUUAGGGUUCAAAGGCCCCCGGAAGAUGACUGUGAUCAUCCCAGGGAUGAACGCUGACUGUGAGCGGGUGCCCAUCCGGCCCCGGAACGAUAACGAUGGGCUCCUGAUGCGAUGGCAGAACAGGAACAUGGACAACGUCAUCGAGCUGCACAACAAAGCCCCCGUUUGGAAUGAUGAGACCCAAUCCUACGUCCUCAAUUUCCAUGGCCGGGUCACCCACGCCUCCGUCAAAAAUUUCCAGAUUGUGCACAGCAGUGACCCCGACUACAUCGUGAUGCAGUUCGGGCGUGUGGCGGACGACGCCUUCACCAUGGACUACAACUACCCCCUGUGCGCCGUGCAGGCCUUCGCCAUCGCCCUCUCCAGCUUUGAUGGGAAGCUGGCCUGCGAGUAGCACCCGCCCCAGGGCUGCCUGCAGGGCCCCAGGAUGUUCCUGCAUCCCUGUUCUGCUCCCUGCGUUUCCACCUUCUUGCAGUCACGGUUGUUCCUGGGGUGGUUCAAGGUGCCUGGUGCCCACUGAGUGCCGUGGGAUGCUCGCCCACCCUCUCUAGGCAAAUCUGGGGCAAAUUGCUGGGCUGGGGUGAUGGCAGAGCCGGGCUGGAGGUUAUUCAUGUUCAGCAGAUGAGGCUGACUGCAAACCCUGUCUCGUCCCUUUGGACUCAGAUCCUGGAAACUCAUCCCUCCCCCCAGCUUUUUUUGGCCUUUUGUUUUGGUUUGGUUUUUGGGGGUUUUUUUGGUUGAUUGUUUGUUAUGGUUUGUAUCUUUACACUCAGUCUGCCAGUGAGAAGGGGGCAGGGUGGUCUCCUCACUUUGUGUUUCCUCAUCCCUGCCCACGUGCAGGUGGGCUCUGCCUAAGCUCCCAGCUAAAGACCCCCCUCCCAGCUCAUUGCCCACCAGGCACAAAGCCCCUCUUUUGCCCCAUUUUGCCCUGCUGUGAGUGGAUGGCUGAUGCCCAUGGCGUUUGUACCCACUGGGUCUCCCCUCACUGCCCAGAAAACGCUGGGGAUUGGGUCCCCAGAAGCAGCCUGGCACUGGCAGCGCACAGGCACGUGCCCAGGGGUGACAGUGCCAGCAGAGCAGGGCUGGCAGGCACGUGAGGCAGAGCUUGCGUUGCUGGCAGGUGGCCCAGCUGGGUCAACGCUGCCAGGAGAGACCUGGAAGAGAAAACUCAGGGUGCACCAGGAAGCAGUGGAGUGACUCAUGAGGUGUGGUGCUGAGUCACGGUCAGCACCCAGACGGGCCCUGCUGAGCUCCCCGUGCCCUCAGCUCUCACUGCCCCUUUACUCUGUGAUGCCCCUCCCGAUCUCACUGCCCCAGGUGUCCCCACAGCCACCUCACCAGUGCUCUCUGUUCAUGAGGGGUGGUGGACAGAAGGUGCCAUCCCGUCUCAGGCUGGUGGGGAGCUGCAGGGAGUCGUUGGGAAGGGGAGAUGCUGAAGACAGGCAGCUCACUGGGACCAGGACUGCUCAUGCCCCCAGUUUCACCAGUUAUGGGGUGAGGAUUUGGCUGCACAAACAGUCCCAAAUCUGAUGAAUUCAGUGGUGAGAAAAACGGGGACAUGCCAAGGAGCCCUGAAACACCGUCCUCAGCUCUCUGGUCUUGUUUCUCCCACCUGCUCAGCUCAUGCACGGGCUCCAGAACCAUGUGGGAUUCCCUUCCCAGGACACAGAGGGGUUGUUCCCCCAUUCUGGGGUGUUAUGAGCCCCCCAAGUUAAUGCAGCUGAAAGGCUGAGGAGCAGAUGGAUGAGAUGGAUGAGAUUGUGCAAGAGGGAUGCUCAUCCUUUCUGGGCAGUGUCGCAACAUCACCAUGGCCUGGCCUGUCUGCAUAGAGCUGAGGACAAUGACAGUGACAGGGGGACCACGAGCUGCUGCUGGGCCACUGGUGGACAUCUGCCCCAGUGGCUUUGCAGAUGGGAGUGGAGAUUUUCCCCGGCUGUACGAAUCUGGGCUUCGUGGUUCAUGGGCAGAUGCUCGUGGCGGGGCAGGCAGAGGUGGACAGCUUGGGGACAAGCCAGCCCAUGUGGGACAUCAUCCAUUACCCACGCAGUGAGCUCAGAGAACAUCUUGUGAGCCAAAGGGAGAACCAGCCACAGCAGUUUGGGGCCAGCAUCCCUGUCGGGGUAUGGCCAGCAAAUGUGGGGAAAGCAAGAGCUUUCUGCCCAAAUCCAGUCACAAACCCAACAUCUGUUUGAAAUCGGGACGAGCUCAGCUAACGCUUGAGCUAAUACUUGUCCCCAUUUCCUCCAGUGCGAGGAGAAAAGAAGCAGCAGGGUGAGAGAGAGAGGGGUUUGGGCUCCCCAGGUUCUGUCUGCUGUUAUCCCAGCUGCUCCCCAGGUUGAUUCUCCCUCCCCUCACCCAAAACGUUUCCAUUUGCCCAUUGCUGCUUGCAAACCCUUCAGGUUUCCUGCCCUGUCACCCACAGCAGAGCAGAAUCCCUGCCAUGGGUGUCCCAUGCGGUGUCACCCAAUCUCAGAGCAGCCAUGCAUGGGCCGCCCAUCCAGAACCCCUUUGACAAAUCCUCUAACGCAAACCAACUGCGGCAGGAGGAACAAACGAAAACAAUUUAACAGGGCGAUGGAUCCUCGGGCCCUUUGUUUGCGCUGGCUGUUAACACCAGAGGAGAUGAGGGAUGGAAGCAGUUGAAAUGUGUCUCUGCUUUGGCCGGCGGAAAGUGUGACGGAUGCGCCGGCAGACCAAUGGCUGGGGAUGCUGGGGUGUGCGUGGGUGUGAAAGGAAUGCUCGCUGCAAGAAAAGAUUAAAAAAAAAAAAAAAGAAGAAGAAGAAAGAGCCUUAUCAAUGGUGUUUGAGUCCAAAGUGUGUGUGUGUGUGUGUGUUCUUUGGAGAAAGGGUUUCCUCAGUCCCCAGGGAUGAUGUUUGCCCUGCAGUGUGAGACUUUGAGGUUUCUGCAGCUUCAUUUUAGGGGUGCAGGCAUUGGGCUGGUGCUGCAGGCAUGGACUUAACCCCACAAAGUGCUCAUGCAGGGGCACAAGCGGUGACUGUCAUCGGCUCCCCAAGGGGACCUCCUGGGAAAUGCAUUUUAUUUUUGCAGAGAUGCUUAUAAGGCAAAGGGGAGGAAAAAAAUAAGUCCCACCUUGCUGCUGAGCAGCACAUCCCAGCCAGGACCAGUGUCACUGCAGUGCUGGUGGCUCUCUGUGCUUCAUCCCCAUCCCCUGCUGAUGGGUGGAAAGAUGCUGGUCCAGAGCUGAGCAGGGAGGUGGAAGUGGGGCUCUCCUCCAACUACUGGCUUCUCCCUCUUCUGCAGAUUUCUGGGGUUUGGGGGGCUCCACGCACCCAGUUCUGAGCCCUGCUCUCUUGCAGGGCUGACAGAUAUUUCCAUGGGUUCCAAACGCCCCACGGGGCAGGCCAGCCUGAGGAGGGAAGGGCUGGUACAUCCCGGGGUGUGUGGGAGGGAGAGCAGCACUGGGAGCCUCC